AUGUCGGGCUGGGCGGACGAGCGCGGCGGCGAGGGCGACGGGCGCAUCUACGUGGGGAACCUUCCGAGCGACGUGCGCGAGAAGGAUCUGGAGGACCUGUUCUACAAGUACGGCCGCAUCAGCGAGAUCGAGCUCAAGAAUCGGCACGGCCUCGUGCCCUUCGCCUUCGUGCGCUUCGAGGACCCCCGAGAUGCUGAGGAUGCAAUUUAUGGAAGGAAUGGUUACGAUUAUGGCCAGUGUCGGCUUCGUGUGGAGUUCCCCAGGACUUAUGGAGGUCGGGGUGGGUGGCCCCGUGGUGGGAGGAGUGGGCCUCCUACAAGAAGAUCUGAUUUCCGAGUUCUUGUUUCAGGACUUCCUCCAUCAGGCAGCUGGCAGGACCUGAAAGAUCACAUGCGAGAAGCUGGGGAUGUCUGUUACGCAGAUGUGCAGAAAGAUGGAAUGGGGAUGGUUGAGUAUCUCAGAAAAGAAGACAUGGAAUAUGCCCUGCGUAAACUGGAUGAAACCAAAUUCCGCUCUCAUGAGGGUGAAACAUCCUACAUCCGAGUUUAUCCAGAGAGAAGCACCAGCUAUGGCUACUCACGGUCUCGGUCUGGGUCGAGGGGCCGUGACUCUCCAUACCAAAGCAGGGGUUCCCCACACUACUUUUCUCCUUUCAGACCCUACUGA